UCUUCUUCCUCCCUCUUCCUCGAUUCUCAUUCGUCGUAAAAACUCGCAGGCACCGUCCGAACCAUCUCCUCUCUCUCUCUAGAGCUCGGUCAGGACAAAGAGCGUUAUCCCGGGGGACGACGGCCACGGACCACCAGCCCCUUCCCCGCGCUGCGCUGUCGCCACGUGUCGUCGGAAGCUUCCUAUGCCACCAGAUAGACCCAUCCUCUUCCUCUUUCACACAAACGCACACGCACACAAUUCGUGAUUAUCCACCCACCUGCGACCCUCCUGCCAUAUUCUUUAUUCGUCAUCAUUAUCACCUCCCCUCGAAUAAAGCGAAGAAUUCUUCCGAGCUGAACCUUACCUUUCGCGAGGGGUUUUGUCAUACAGAACACGCAUCCCGGUGGAUUUCAGACAGAGUGAGGGAGAGGGAGGGAGGGAGAGAGAGAGAGAGAUGGACCACGAGAGCGAUGCUCACCGGACGGAUUUGAUGACCAUAACUCGGUUCGUGCUGAACGAGCAGUCGAGGCACCCGGAGUCCCGCGGCGAUUUCACCAUCCUCCUCAGUCACAUUGUUCUCGGCUGCAAGUUCGUCUGCUCUGCCGUUAACAAGGCAGGCCUUGCCAAAUUGAUCGGGCUUGCUGGAGAGACAAAUGUCCAGGGUGAAGAGCAGAAGAAGCUGGAUGUGCUUUCGAAUGAAGUAUUUAUAAAGGCAUUGGUCAGCAGUGGCCGCACGAGCAUUCUCGUGUCAGAGGAGGAUGAAGAGGCAACGUUUGUGGAGCCAUCUAAGCGUGGAAAGUAUUGUGUUGUUUUUGAUCCGCUGGAUGGAUCCUCAAACAUCGACUGCGGUGUUUCAAUUGGAACUAUCUUUGGGAUCUAUAUGAUCAAACAUGCUAAUGAUCCAACUUUAGAGGAUGUGUUGCAACCUGGGAAAAACAUGCUGGCAGCUGGCUAUUGCAUGUAUGGCAGCUCUUGCACGCUUGUGCUAAGCACUGGAUGUGGUGUUAAUGGUUUUACCCUGGACCCAUCAUUGGGCGAAUUCAUCCUCACUCAUCCAGACAUCAAGAUUCCAAAGAAAGGGAAGAUCUACUCAGUGAAUGAGGGAAAUGCUAAACACUGGGAUGGUCCAACUGCUGAGUAUGUUGAGAAAUGCAAGUUCCCGAAAGAUGGAUCGUCCUCAAAAUCUUUGAGAUAUAUUGGAAGCAUGGUAGCUGAUGUUCAUCGUACCUUACUGUAUGGAGGCAUCUUUUUGUACCCUGCUGAUAAGAAGAGUCCAAAUGGAAAACUGCGCGUUCUUUAUGAAGUCUUCCCGAUGUCAUUCUUGAUGGAACAAGCAGGAGGUCAGGCCUUUACUGGAAAGCAACGGGCACUUGACUUGAUCCCAACCAAUGUACAUGAGCGGUCUCCCAUAUUCCUCGGCAGCUACGAUGACGUAGAGGAAAUCAAGGCACUCUAUGCUGCUGAAGAGAAAAAAGAAUGAAGUUGUAGUUUGCUCCUUUCUUGUCUUCGCAUCAGACAAGACCGUUUGUCCAGCUACCAGGCUUGACGGAUCAUGGGUUCACAAGAUUAGAACCUUCUAUACUGUUUUCAAUCUAACCAGAUACUAGAAUCAAUACUUUGUCAGCAACCAAUGUUGAUCUUUGAUUGAUGAAAAGUCAAAAUUACAGUGAUUUGCUAGCAUAAGCAUGUACUCUGAUAUGUGCUUACCAGUUUACCAGGAUACCUUUUUGGUAA